AUGGCAAAUAGCGAUAGUACAAAUAACGAUAAUAAUAAUGACAGUUGCAAUUUUUUUGCUACGAAAACAAUGAAUAUUAAUACUACUAGUAGUAAUAUUAAGAAAUCGAGAGCAAAAACAAGCAAAAAUAAUAACCGUUGUCGUCGUCUUCCGCGAGCGAUUUCCGCACACGUUGUCAUGGACGAUAAUACAGAGCUGUUUCAUAUUCAUUUUAAAGACACGACAAUGGCACCAGUCUGGCGUACUUUAGACCCAGAAAACGAUCGUCUCCAGCGUAUAGCGAACAAGUUUCUUCGUCAGCAUAAUUGCACCAGUGCUUGUCAACCUCCCGCAACAACGACAACAAAUUCAGGACAUUCACAGCCAAAAUCAAAGCAUCAUUACUUUUAUUAUGAUGAUGACAAUGAUAAGGGUAAUAGUGUGCAAAUAGAACAUGAAGACAAUGAUGUGGACUUAAUUAGUAUGGGAUUGGAAAGUAUGGAGAUUUAA